GGUGAAAAUCGUUUCCGCAGAAGUGAAACUUUAAUCGAAAGAGAAAACACUGCACAACAUGGACAGAAGACAUCUGCUGAGCGACCAGGAUGAGCCCACAGCAGGGCCAGCCUAUCACCAUCCUGCUGCCCCUACUGCAGGUCAGUGGACAGGUGCCGGGGCAGAGGCCACAGCUCCUCCUACAGAAGACAUGCCCACAGUGCCCGGUUACGAAAACUUAGGCCCUGGUUACAAUGAUGUUCCACCCCCACCAGGAGGAUAUCAGCAUCCUCAGCCACCAGCUAGCACACCAACCAGACACUGGGACAUUCCUGCCAUUUCUGAGGAGCUUGCCAGGGAGGCUUUCACUGACUAUGCCACCAGCAGUUGUUGCUACAGCAGCAAGCCACCCAAAGAGAUGGUCUUAACAGACUUGCAAGCACUUAAUACCUAUCGGUAUCGGCUGGAAACGUUCACAGAGUCAAGAUCCACCGAAUGGGCCUCCGAACCAUAUAAUGGCCAGUUAGUGGAUGGAAUGAGUGGUGUAGCUCCUGGCCCGUGGGACGUGGCUGUCUCCGUACCUACUCUGUUUCUGGAUUCUGAAAUGGAUAUUCGCAUCCCGCAUACAGCCUCCAUCAAGGGCUGUCACUCUUGCCUGAAUCUUGGCAAAUCUGCAUGUACUCGAUGUGUAGCAUCUGGCAGGAUCCAGUGUGAAAUGUGUGGGGGCUCUGGGGCAGACACGUCACAUCAACGGUGCUGUUCCUGUAAUGGGCUGGGUAGAGUUAAAUGUAGAGACUGCUCAGGAGUUGGAUCAAACACCUGUGCGACCUGUCAAGGAAGGGGACAACUCCUUUGCUAUGUCAAGCUGAAAAUUAAGUGGACAAACAAUAUUUAUGUGCAGGUGAUGGAUAAGCGCUCAGGAUUCCCUGUUGACCUUCUUGAUUCUGUUGCUGGAGAAACGCUUCUUGCUGACAUGAAUGUACUGGUCUAUCCAGUCAGCAGUUUCCCUGAUGAGGCAGUAAACACAGCUUCAAGGAAAGCUGUGCAGGAACAUCAGGCUCAGUUCUCCACCACCUGCCGUAUCCUACAGCAGAGGCAGACCGUCGAGCUGAUCCCUGUCACUCGAGUCCAUUACGCCUGGAAAGAGAAGACGCACAUCUUCUUUGUGUACGGAAUUGAGCACAAGGUCUUCACCAAGGACUACCCUGCCAAGUGUAUCUGCUGCACCAUUUCUUAGGACUUUUAUUAUAGCACUGUUCAUGGCUGGCAUCAUUCAUCACUUAUUCAUCUCUGUUUUGUAUUGUGUCAGUAGUUAAACACAUAAGACAAUGAAUUGCGGUCUGGUUUAUAGACUUUUUUACUUUGUUUCAUUUAGCAUUUCAAGUUAAAAGCCAAAACAUUAACAGUGAUGUGGGAGGAAAAUGAAUCUCAUUAUGUUUUGUUUGUGAUAGUAUGUGCUUUGUGGUUAUCCACACCUUUGACUUAUGGGAUUUAUGAUUAUAUUUUAGACCAAAUGUGCAUCAAAAUAGAACAAUAAUUCAUUUUUCUAUGCUGUGCUAAGUUCCUAUCUUGUAGUUAUGUAAGUUACUCGGGUUCCUUAUGUAGUUUUUUGACUUAAUAUUUUUGUUGUUUUUGUAGUUAUUUUGUAAAAUUGAAAUGGAAGUUUCAUUUUUACUGUAUUUCACCAAAGUUACAAUAAUUUUACCCGAGUUUGGGUUUAGGCCACCGCUGGCUGGCUCUCCCAUUUCAAGUGCAUUGUUCAUUAUGAGUCACAUAUAUAUUCAUAUUCAAAUAUUUACAAUUUUAACAGUGAGUUUGUGUUACAGUCACCCAGCUUUAAGACACUAUGUUAAUUAAAUCUAUUAUUUUUUAAAUGUGGUAUCAUUACAUUUCCUCAUAUUUUGUAAAAGGUUAUAGGUUGUCAUUUUAAAGAAUAAUCAUGACUGUUACAAUGAUCCAAAUGACAGCAUGAGAAUAAACCAGACAAAUAUUAUGUAA